GAAGAAACAUGGGAAAAAAGUGUCCACGAUUGCUCCUGACCGUUCCACAAAUCCUUUCCACAUGUCUGGAGAUGUGGAUUUCUUCUUGCUCAGAGAACAGGAGCGAAAUAAGUCUCGCGCAGAGCGGGAGCAGAAGACGACCCUGCAGGUGCACGAGAAGAUGACCUACUCUUCCAAAGUGUUGGCCAAGCACACCAGCCUGCGUCGGGAGCUGCAGCUGGAGGAUGAGAUGCAAGACCAGGAGACGCGCGCCGAGGCAGAGCGGCUGCGUGCCUUCCACGACCACACAGCGUGGAAGCUCUGCAUGACCAAAGAAAGGAAGAUGGAAUCUGAUAACAUGAACAUCUACAUUAACCAGAAGCGGCAGAUAUUCCUCAUCCAGUACGCCCUGGACAUGAAGCGGAAGGAGAUCCAGCGGCUGGAGAUGCUGGCGGCCAAGGAGGAGGCGGAGCUGGAGCAGGCAGAGAAGUCCCUGGAGAAGGACGCAGCCUUGUUCGACGAGUUUCUCCGGGAGAACGACCGCAGCUCUGUUCAGGCCCUGAGAGCGGCUGAAAAGGAGACCAAAGCAAAAGUGGAGAAGAUCAUUGAGAUCCGUGAACUGACCACCCAGAUCAUGAACAUCAAAAGUGACAUCUCCAAAUUUGAAGACACUUUGCAGCAUUACAAGAUCUACAAGGACUUCCUAUACAAGCUGUCGCCUAAGGAGUGGUUGGAAGAAAAGGAGAAGAAGCACCAGGAUCUCAAAAAGACCAAGGAGGCCCCCGAGCCCCCCAAAGAGAACAUUUCAUUCUCCACAGGAGGGGACAAAGGACCAGGGAACAAGGGCAAAACAAGCUCUAGAGAUGGGCAGGGCCCAAAGAAACCCUCGAAGUCCCUGCCGGUGACCCGGCUGAGGCGGCUUCUAUCCAGCUCCAUGAGCCUCCAGUACAGCAGACAGCCCAGCCUGAACAGUGAGCUGGACCCCAAAGGGUCAAGCUCUAUCUCCACCAUGUAUGAGGAUCCAGACAGCGACGGGGAGGAGCUGGAGCUGUACUUCACAGAUCCUCAGCAGCUCCUGGACAUCUUCAUGAAGCUGGAAGAGCAGAACCUCUCGCUCAUCCAGAACACACAGGAGAUGGAGGAGGCCCUGGAUGAUCUGAAUGUCACCCUGAAAAACACCCAGAUCCGCAUGGACAAGGAGGUCAACCAGUUGAAGCAGUGGGUCACCACACUGAUGAUGUCCAUCACCAAGGAGGAGGAGACUGCCGCCGAGCUGGAGCUCAAAGUCCGAGUCUUCCACUUUGGCAAGUACAAGGGUGUUCAGGAGGAAAAGCUGCUGGAAAGCCUGAACCGCAAGGUGCUGGACGUGUACCAGCAAUGCAUCAGCAGCCAGCAGGAGUCCAACCUGGGCCCCGUGCAGAUGCUCACCAUCAUCGAGCACCACCUGGACGAGCUGCUGGAAAAUCUAGAGCGGGUGCCCCAGAUCAAGAUCGAGCAGGCCGAGAAGGCCAAGGAGAAGGAGCGCCGCAUGCGACUCCGGGAGGAGAAGGUCAUGAUGCAGAAGCGGCUGCAGGAGGAGCGUGUGCAGCGGGCCCAGGCCCGGGCCCAGGCUGAGAUCAAGAAGAAGAGAGGCAGGAGACUGGUGAGUCGCUCCCGGCCCCCAGCUCUCAAGGUGAAGAAGGAGCCUGAGCACGUGCAGACAGAGGAGGACAAGGAUGAGCAGCUGCUGUUCUGCACCUAG